CCCUUCCGCGUUUGCCAGGCUCUUCCCCAGCCCGACAAUAUCCAGCCCAUAUGUCCUCCAGCCAAUCAGGGCCCAAGGCCCAGGCUCUCGCCGCAUCCAGCACCGCAGAACCCAAGGCCCGCGGCGCCAACCGUUCCACCAAGGUUGCCGGGAAGCUCAAGGUCCUGCCAGAGCACGCAGAGCCUCUCCUGCAGCAGCCCACCGCCGCCCAACCGUCGCACCCCCCUCGCGACCGCGACCGCGACGAGGGUGGCGAAGGUUCCGGCACCCUCGCAGACAGCGAAGAGGAAGAGGACGAGGACGAGCCGGAGGACGUCGAGGUCUACAACCAGAUCGACCUCAUACCCGCUGGCACCGCGCGCAGAGAUGCGCUCCGCCUCACCAAGAAGAAGGCAAAAUCCCUCCCGCGGGUGACCGCGUACGCGACCGCGAGUUCCUACCGCUUCCCGGAGCUUAUGAAGUUCUUUAACGCGCGCCGCAACUCGUACCACACGAACCCCCGGACAAUUGUCGACGUCAUCUACACCCCAUACGUAUACGAGCCCGCUUCGUCUACUGAUCAACCUGCCACGCAGAGCCGCGUGCACUUCCAAGGAGAGUCGCGGGAGCCUGGGCAGACAGGCGACCUUCUCGGCGUGCCUGAACUUGCACCUGGGACGUCUGACGUCGAGGGUGCGCCUGAACCGGCGAACGGCAAGAGCAGGAAGAAGAGCAAGUUUGCAGAGGCCCCGACCGAGGCAGAAAUAUUCAUAUUCGAAUAUGGCACCGUCGUCCUCUGGGGCAUGACCGAGGCGCAAGAAAAACGCUUCCUCUCCUCCAUAAAACGGUUCGAGGUCGAGCGGUUAGCGCCGCAGGACGUCGAAAUGGAAGACCUGAACUUCUACUAUGCUAGCUACAGCAGGAUAUACAACGAUGUCAUCACGCUCCGGAAAGGGUCCAGCUACAUGACGAAGCUCUCGCUCUCGCACGCGCUCGCGCAGUCCGUCAAGAUAUCGCUCUUUGAGAAACUCAUCUCGACGACGAUAGAAGAGACGAAGGACAUACCCGAGAUCAUCAGCGAGACGGGCAAGAUAGACAUGAGCCACAAGGAGAUCAUGCGCAAGAUCGGCGAGCUCUUCCUGCUGCGCACGAACAUCAACUCGGUCGGCUCGGUGCUCGACUCGCCCGAGGUCUUCUGGACGUACCCGGACCUGCAGCCGCUCUACGACGCCGCGCGCGGGUACCUCGAGAUCCCGCAGCGCAUCGACCUGCUCAACGCGCGCGUCGAGGUCCUGCAGGACAUGCUCCAGCUCCUCAAGGAGACCGUCACCUCCCGCCACGCGGAGCGCCUCGAGCAGAUCGUCAUCGCGCUCAUUGGCGUCGAGAUCGUGCUCGGCAUCAUCACGAUCAUCGUCGACCUCUUUGCGUGAAGAGCAGGAGCUCCGAGAAGCAGACGUCUUUGCUCGUGGCUGGCCCGACGUUGUGGGCGAAAGGGAGCCGAGGCGUCAUUUCGAUACGCUGAUAUCGUGGCAUUAAUGGACGGUCGUCACGAAUUUCGCAUUUGUAGCAUAAUCACAGGUUCUGCGGAGACUGCUUCCACGGACAGCUAGCGGACUUCGUAUACCACAACACUGGCAUUUGCCACUUCG